AUGGAUCCUGACGACAUGGAUGAAGAUCGACUGCUUGAUUACGCUAUUCAGAUGAGCAUUCAAGAGUCAUGCCCAAAAUUACUUUCUAAACAUGAUCUCCUCUGCUUCGAUAUUCUCAGUGAUGAACAUCUGAAGAUCAUAAAGGCUAUUGAUCGAGGUGACAUACUCGCCCUCCAAGAGCUGUCAGAAUUUCAAGCAGGCUUCAGUAAGGCAGAUGACAGGGGCUGGUACCCUCUGCACAAGGCAGCUGUCCAACCUCUGGUGAAGAUGCUGGAGAUAGUGUUGUAUGCGUCUUUUAGGUUGUCCCUGGAGGGGAAGACAAUGGAGGGAGAAACACUGCUAACUCUAGCAGCUAUGGCUGAUCUGGUGGACUAUGUGAAGAUGCUACUUGAACAUGGAGCGUCUCCACAUAACACCAACAGCAAGAAAGAAACCCCUCUACUGCUAGCUGUUAGAUUUGGGUCGUAUGAAAUGGCAUCUGCCCUGAUCACGAGAGGAGCCUGUGUGGAGCAGGUCUGUCUGAAGCAGUCGACUGCCCUGCACAAGGCCGCAAAGGUAGGCUGCUCUGAUAUCAUGGAGCUGUUGUUGGAACAUUGAGGCCAGGUCAAUGAGAUAGAUCAAGACGGCGUGACUCCAAUGGCCAUUGCAGCAGAGCACGCCCACUCAGAGGUUCUAGAGAUCUUUAUUCACAAUGGUGGCGAUGUGAAUGCACAGGCGCCCAAUGGGGACAGUGUGCUGUAUGAUGCGGCACAAUCUGGGAAUCCAGACUGUAUAGACCUACUUCUGCGACAUGGAGCCAACCCCAAUGUACCUAGCCUGUGCUCAGAGCUACCCAUUCAUCGAGCAGCAUAUGAGGGCCAUUACCUGGCACUGACAAUUUUUAUUCUGAUAACCACUAGAAGGGCAAUCAGACUUUCAGGCCAGAGUCCCGUUCACUCUGCAGUCGACAGAGGCCAUGUACAAUGCCUGGAGCUACUCGUGGAAAAGGGCUUUGAUGUCAACUCUCUCCUAGACUUUCACAUCUCUGAAGACUACGGAGACAUGAGAAAAAGUGCAUUGUACUUUACUGUCUCUAAUGGAGACGUGACCUGCACUGAAAGGCCGCUGAACGCAGGAGCCAAACCUGACCUGGACCCUCUAUGCUGCCUCCUGGUGGCGGUGAGAGAUGUGCGGUAUGAGAUUGUGAAGCUGCUUUUGUCCAGACAGGCAGACAUCAAUUGUUACUUUGCCGUGAUGAGUGACACAGUGUUUCCCAUGGCUCUGCAGUACUGCCUGCGGGACGAAAUGAUGAUGCGUCUGCUGCUCAACAACGGCUAUGACGCAGAUAAAUGUUUCUGCUGUAACCAUGACAGCACCUGGGAUGACCUGAGUGAUCAGACUGAUUCCGAUUAUCAAGAACAAGUUUCUUUCUGUCAUUUCAUCAGCGUUUCCUGGCUGGUGCACUUGGCUGGGAGAGCUGUGUGGAUCCUUCUGGACUACGUCAGUCACAUGCCUCUCUGUCCAAAGCUGAGACAGAUCCUGGAGAAGCACAAAGAGUGGCCUCAGAUCUGCUGCAUAUUAGCGAAACCCCGUUCACUGACACAUCUGUGCAGACUGGUGAUCAGGAAACAGAUGACUUCAAAGAGACUGGGGCAUCCAAACAUCAGGGACUCUGCCCUCUUCCCACCCAGACUGAAGGAAUACCUAUUCUACAAAGAACAUGAUUUGUAUGGCAAAAUGAUAUGUAUGGACAAGUGAAAGUCUGUUGUGUUUCAUGGUUAGGGUGAGGCACACUGAAAUUGUUCACUUAAGGAAGGAGGGAUGAUGGUUCUUAUGGUAAAUGAGGGCAUUUACUUGGAUUCAGAAUAAGAAUAUGUGCAUUUAUUUUAUUUAGAAAGAGACUAGACCACUUAACU